AUGCUUAGAAUCUAUAGCAGCAUAAAAGCGAAUCCAAUUGAAUUCGACUAUAAGCAUGAGUGCUCCAAAACGAAGACGGAGAAACAACGGGAAAAAAACAAUCCCAAAUUGGGAAAGACUUGUAAAUACCGCAAAACCAAAAUUCAGAUCCCACGUGAAAUUAAGAUUCAGAGACAGAGCAAAGAGAAAACACUUCUCACGUAUUUCGAAAUUACGCAAAAGCGAAAUCUACAGAGAGAGAGAGAGAGAGCACGAGGAACACGACGAGGAAGAGAGAGAGCGAAAAAGUACCUGGAGAAGGUAGGGAGAGAGCGCCAGAGCGGAAACAGAGUUGGUGGAAGAGGAAGAGAGGAUAAAGUAACGUUUAUAUGGAACAGAGGAAUUGCGAAUCUUCUUCUCAAACGAAGAAGUUACAGAGAAGGAUCCGUUCCGGUUCCGGGUCGGAUCUACGGUGGAAAUGAUCAGAGACGGGAGGGUGUAUAG